UCAUUCAAGUUUUCAGAGACAAAGUCUUUUGAGACUCUGGCUCAAUUUCAUGCAACUGGACACGAAGCAACCGUAGAUAAAAUUCCAAACACACUCGUCUUCAUUUGAUAAUAUUGUUCUUUGCCUUUCACUGAUCAUUUUCAAACUUUGCAAACCCGAUUUUCAAGCCAACUCAGUGCAUGUAACGUGGAAACAGCCAAUUAUUUAGUUUGCUGUCAAUCAUCGCAGGAAACUUACAAAAAUGAUCAAAAAUGACUGACUUGUCGCCAGCUGAUUCCUUCGCAAGUCCAAAUGAGUCGUAGCAACUCAAAAAGGGGGCAAUAAAUCGAAAGAGAACUUACCUUUUCUGUUUUGUUGGAGAUGUGAAGUGAGAAAAAGCAGUUUAUUGAGGUUACAACAGGCUGCUCUCACAAGUGAAAAUGCAAACUUUGAUUGAACGGCGAAAUUGUCAGUUGCUGUCAGUCAGUCAGUCAGGCCUUGUUAAUGGAUUGUGCAUGUUUUGGAAUUGAUCAUGAAAUCAAUUAACGAAUACAUAUCACGGGCGUUAAAACACUGGUUUCAAGUUCUUGGCGGUUAGAGAAUCCGCUUUUUGGUAAUCGGAACAAAAACCCCGCGUUUGAGUACGAAUUGCGGGCCUACGUUGCUAGCUCGACAGAUGAUGCUUCAUGUAUGCUUGACCUGACCUGUGCAAUGCUGUGAUGAUUUCGGUCAUCGGACAUUCCAUGAUGUCUAACCUUGUUAACUUUCUCGCCACUCAAAGAGAUCGAUUUCUUCAGGGAUUGAGUGUAAUAGUUUUCUACGUCAUACUUUCAUCUGGGACACUGUUCAUUUUUGGACCAAUCAUCUUCUACGUACUUUAUCGUUGUUGUCAUUUUAUUUGGCCGCUUGUCGUAGCAUACUUAACGUGGAUGUAUUUUGUGGAUCUGGAGACUUAUAACCGUGGAGGCAGAAGAGUGGAGUUUGUGAGAAAUAAUGGCUUUUUCAGAUACAUGCGAGAUUAUUAUCCAGUCUCCUUUGUGAAGACAUCUGAACUGGACCCUUCGAGGAACUAUCUCUUUGGUUAUCAUCCCCAUGGUAUGAUCCCGGAGGGACUUACUAUAAGUUUUGCAUCAGAAGCUUUACAGUUCAGUAAAACAUUCCCGGGAAUUGUACCAUACAUUGGAGCACAUGCAUUCAUGAGAUGGUCUCCAAUCUUCCGUGAUAUUGUCAUGGCCCUUGGUGUUGUAAAUGUACAUCGUGACAGCUGCAAGUUUGUGCUAACUCAACAAGGCCCCGGUCAUUCCGUUGCCAUAGUUAUUGGUGGUGUUUGUGAUGUCCUGGAUACAUGUGCCAACUCUUACAACAUUACCCUAGAAAGAAGGAAGGGCUUUGUCAAGCUGGCAUUGGAAACUGGAUCACAUUUGGUUCCAGUUUUUGGAUUUGGUCAAAACGAUGUAUUCAGUAGACAGCCUAAAAUUAGAUGCCUUCAGAGUUAUCAAACUGGUUGCAGCAAAUGGAAGAAAUGGGCAAAAGUAUUCAUCAAGGGCUGUCUACUGGUUCCAUUUGCACGGUUUUGUAUAAUGCCUGAUCCAAGACCUAUAACCGUUGUUGUUGGAUCUGCUAUUCCGGUGGAAAGAACAGAAAACCCCAGCGCCGAACAGAUAAAUGAAUUGCAUUCUGAGUAUGUGAAGAAACUGAAGGGGUUAUUUGACAAACACCGAGAUGCUUGUGGCGUACCAAGGGACACUGAGCUUGUAAUUCAGUAGCUUGAGUUGUCAAAUACUGAACAUUGGACAGAAAAAAAGGUCUGAAUAAUAAGGAAUAGAACGAGGACGAUCGCCAAGAUAUCGAGAAUGAUGCAAUACAGGAAAAAAAAAACUGGGUGCUAGCUUAUCUCAGCUGUUUUACGACUCUGGUUCUCGGCUUUCUCGAAGCAACCGAGAGAAAAUGAGGAGACUCGUUUUCUCUUCAAACAAGCCAUUGUGAGCGAAGAAUGCGGUGGAAUUGAAAACGUCGAGUGGCAGUAAAAUUUGCUGUCAAAUGGUUGUCUCGCUCUAAAACGCUGUGCCUAAGUCGAAACGUGAAUGAAGAUAUCCUGACCCGGCACUUACCCAGAGCUAUAAAAGGAAUGGAACUGCAAUUUUGUUUGUUGUUUGAGUAACCAACUGUAAAACACGUGAUGCAAACGAGUUCAAGUGUUCCAAGUGCAUAAAGAGCUUUUCACUUGAGUGCCGAAUUGCGCAUGUGAGAAGGUAGCAAUUUAACGUAGUCAUUCACAAGCUUAUUACGCGUGAAAUUAAAAAUUGUGUCGCAAAUACUAGCUCAGUUGCAGCAAAGAAAGCGCAAGUACGUGUGACCUUGUCAGUUAAUAUAACUAGCAUGUGUGUAUGAACAAGUUAGUGAAAUUCUCUAAGGUUUUUGUUAUGCGAUCUGUUGUUUUCUGUUCUGAAUUUUUGGUGACUUCUGUCCACCUAUAUUCAUCAGAGUUGCAAUCUUAAGGUUCGCUUUUCAAACGAAUGUUAAGAUUGCAACUCUGAUGAAGGUGGAUAGAAGCCAUUAGAAGAGAAAACAACAGAUCGAAUAACGAAAACCUUAGAGAACUAGAUAUCAUUUACCGAUCGCAACACUGGAAGCAUAAUUUCAGUCACAUCAAGUUAGUGUAAAAUAACGUUUUUUUUUAACGGAAUGUAACGUUUAAUAUUUUAUUUUGCACUUGGGGCUACAGUACACAAAGGAAAAGGAAACCGAAGAAAUAUCGCCAAUGUUAGAAAAUAAUGCACUGUGUGGACGUAUGAGUUUGUAUAGCAAGCCGCACACGACUUAUGAACCCAGUCUUUCCGCGAGUUAAAUUCUUGUUUUAUGAAUAAAGAGGUUGGGAUUACAUUUAUUUAGUUUUGUAACAUCGGCGGCGAAAGCGCGUCUUCAAGCUUCCUGGGUCACUUUCAGCUGUAUUUCUAAGCAGCAAAGUUUAACGUGGGAGGAGGAAAGAAUGCGCCUGUUAAUUGAGGACCAAUUGCCGGACAGUUCCUGCGAAUGUGGAGGGGCGAGGCUAAUAUUUGUUUUUCUCUAGGCCUUUUGUAGCUCAAGGAACGACAUCAGCUCCAAAGUUUACUUGAUAUACUUAGUUGUGUUGAAUUGCGGACGUUAACCUGAUCUAAAUUUCACUAAUGUAGCUUUUUUAUGGCCGAUAGUUGUAAGUUAACAUCGUCUUAUAAUAACGAAAACUUCCAAAAACGCAUGGUCUUCAACACGCCUUAUCUCCCCCUCCCCCACUCUGAUUUUUGUGGCUUUUUGGCAAAAGUUGAUCUUUACCUUACUUCAUGUUCAGUUUUGAAAAAAUCUGUCAGUGGGCGUAAACGUCUUUAAACUAGGAAAAUUUCAGAAUUGCAAUUUUGCAGUCGCAAAGUGCUAUAGCCCUGGAAACUUUGAUCGAAAAUCCCUAAUCUAACAUUUCGAUUUGCGAACUAAGACCUGAAAGUUUGGAUUGGAAUGUUGCAUCAAUCGGGCACGUGUGACCUGUAACUUGUAAUUGGUCUAUAACAACCUGAUUCCCAGGGAGGCAGAGAAGAGGGAGCCUGGGAACGAGGUUGGGUCUAUUUAAAAUU